CGCAACACGUAGAAGUUACUUUUACGUCAUGACGUCUUUCCUCCUUCCUUUCCUCCUCUAUCGGCGAGAAUGAAGACCAUUCUCAGUAGCCAGACUGUGGACAUCCCCGACAACGUCACUGUGUCCCUCAAGGGGCGCAAAGUGAUGGUGUCGGGACCCCGUGGCAUCCUUCGUCGGGAGUUCAACCACAUUAACCUGGAGCUCAGUCUGCUGGGCAAGAAACAGAAAAAGCUGCGUGUUGAUAAGUGGUGGGGUAACAGAAAGGAGUUGGCCACAGUACGCACCAUCUGCAGUCACGUCCAGAACAUGAUCAAAGGUGUCACACUGGGCUUCAGAUUCAAGAUGCGAUCUGUGUAUGCCCAUUUCCCUAUUAACGUGGUAAUUCAGGAAUCUGGCUCUCUGGUGGAGAUCAGAAACUUCUUGGGAGAGAAGUAUAUCCGCCGUGUCCGCAUGAGGGCAGGUGUGUCAUGUGCAGUGUCAGCUGCCCAGAAAGACGAGCUGGUUCUGGAGGGUAAUGAUAUUGAGCUGGUGUCAAACUCAGCUGCCCUCAUCCAGCAGGCAACCACAGUGAAAAAUAAGGAUAUCAGAAAGUUCCUGGAUGGUAUUUACGUCUCUGAGAAGGGAACUGUAUUGGAGCAGGAGUCAUAGAGAACACGUGAGCUGCCCUGAUCCAGCAGGCCACCACUGUGAGAAAGAAGGACAUCCGGAAGUUUCUGGAUGGGAUUUAUGUCAGUGAGAAGGGCACAGUGGUGGAACAGCAGGAGGACUGAAUUGGUCUCUGUAAAAUCUGUCAAUAAAGGCGAACAUCUUUUUCAUCCACACA